AAAUGUAUGGAGUACAAUCUUCCCAAUUUAGCAUAUUCCGUGUAGCAACCGUACGAGGAGGAAAAUAAUAACACGAAACCACUAUACGAGGAGGAAAAUAAUACCACAUAACCACCACCUUUUUCCAAAUACAAGAACCUUUAUAUAUCAUUCUCUUUUCCCCUUAUUAUACCAGCUUCCUACUCCUCCGCCUAACCCCUCUCUCCUCUUCUUUCUUCUCCUUGAUGCCCUUUGUCUCCCUUGUUUCUUGCCAAUUUUGCGAGCCAAAAUUUGUGAUCAUUAAAUAACAAGAAUGUCUGCCUCUGUUGAAACGCUUUCUCCAUCCAAGCACAGCGCUAGAGUUAGUCCUUUCAAUGAGAAUGAUGACCAAAGCAGGAUGAAGAAGGGCAUAAAAAAUGAGCAGAUCAAGCCAGAAGAAGCAGAGGAGAAUGGAAGCAAAAGUGACGUUGAUAUUGAUGAGCGAGAGAAAGAUGAUCUUUCAUUAAAAUGUAAUAAAGCAUUACACGUUUCUUCCUCGAUGCCGCUAGAGAAGGACAAGAAUAAUGGGAGACAUCUGCAGUCGUGGAAAGAACAUCAUCUUGCACAGAUAAACAUUCGUGGAGAUACAAAAGUAAGUCGAGUUCCAGAGGUGGAAAUAAAAAGCAUUUCGAUCCUGUGCCGGGGUCGGCCAGAAAUUGUCUUGUCAGAGCCAUUUGCUUCGAGUCCUAAGGCCUUGCUCUUCAUCCUAAAAGAAGGAAGCCGAUACCGCCUCAGAUUCAACUUCAUUGUUUCUAACAAGAUUGUUACUGGCCUUAGAUAUGUAAAUACUCUAUGGAAAGCCGGAGUGAGAGUUGACAAGUCUGAAGUUUGUUUAGGAUCAUUCAGCCCAAAAGAAGAGCCUUAUUCCUAUGAAUUAGAAGAAGAUACAGCACCUUCCGGUAUCUUUGUAAGGGGCUUGUAUUGUGCAAGAACCAAGGUUAUUGAUGAUCAUCAGAAUUGCUAUUUGGAUAUCAAAUACUACUUCGAAAUUCAGAAGACUUGGCCCUCAGAUUCUUGAGGUUAUCUGCUCUUGCACGUAUGAUGUGCUGCAUGGUAAAGAACAAAAUCAACCCCAGAUGAUUAGUUGACUUGCACGAGGCCUGUUUCUUCCAAUUUUGGAAGAUACCAUUGUCCUCUACGAGAAUGGUCAAUAAAGAUGCAAUCCACAUUCUGAAUGAAGGAUGAAGGACCAUCAAGCUCUGGCUAACAUGUAAUAAAAUUCAUGACAUGAUAUUGCUUUUCAUUAGCAAGAUAAUCCAAUUUUAGUAGAAUACUACCAUAAGAUCCCGAGAUCAAUAGUUUUUUCCCUCCUGCAGAAUCAUUCUGCCAUGUAUAUAAUUUAACCUUCUUCAACUCAAUCGCAAGGAAAUGUUACACUGGAGAGAUUUUUUGUUUUUAUUUUCGUUAAUAAAAGACCAUUAAUCUUG